CUUGCGAGAGAGAGAAAAAAAUAAAAAACUCAAUCUCGUUGUCGUCUUCCUCCAUUUAAUAUUUUCUUCCUUUCUGAUCCAGGUUCGUUUCUCACCAUUCUUCUGCAAAUCCAAUAGGAAUUAUCGAAAUUCAACACUAAAUUAAAACAAAAAAGGCACUCUCUUUUAACCAUUACUACCCUCUUUAUCUGUAUCUGCUUUCAAAUUUUCUUUUCUGAGGUUAAUCUUCUAUUUUUGUUCUUAUUUGAAAAGCCCCGGGGUUCAAAUUAGUGUAGCUCUAGGGUGUUUAUAUUGGGUCGAUGGAUAUUCAAUUGGUGAACAAGGCAUUGACUUAUUCACGUUUGAAGAAAAAAUGGGUUAUUUUGUUAACUAUAUGUGGAGUCUCUGGUUAUGGGGUUUACAAGGUUUAUAAUUUACCCUCUGUGGUGAAGAGAAGGAAGAGGGUUUCGAAACUCUUUGGAGCUUUGGUUUCUUUAGCUGAACUGGUCUCGGAAUCCUCGGAGGCGCUCAAUGUUGUCUCUAAGGACUUGAGGGAAUUUUUGCAGUCGGAAUCUGAUCAAAUACCUAACAGCUUGAAGCAGAUUUCGAAGAUUGUGAGAUCAGAUGAAUUUUCCAAAACUUUUAUUAGGGUCAAUGAGGCUUUAACAGUUGGAGUUUUAAGAGGGUACAAGUUUGAAUCAGCAAACAAGAGUGAAUUGGCAUCGGGUACGGGGAAUUCUAGCUUGACUGAUAGGGUAUUGGACAGUAUUUUUUCUAAUGCUGGGACUGGCUUUGUAUCUGUUGUGGUUGGUAGCUUUGCUAAGAAUCUGGUUAUGGGGUUUUACUCGAAUGGUGAAGAAAUUAACGAGUCUAGUGGAAAUGGUGGGUCGUCUAAUUUGCCCAGAUGGGUUAAUAUGCUUUAUAAUGAUAAGUGCAAAGAGCUAAUGGCCGAUUGCAUACAAAGAUUUGUAAGCACUGCUAUUGCAGUUUAUCUUGACAAGACGAUGGAUAUUAAUACUUACGAUGAAAUGUUUAUGGGGAUGACCAAUCCGAACCAUCAAAACGAUGUGAGAGACAUUUUGGUUUCUGUUUGUAAUAGUGCUGUGGCAACGCUGGUGAGAACAUCUCAUCAAGUGUGGACGAGUUCGAAAUCGGAUACUUGUUCCAUUGAAGGCCAGAGCGAGGAUGCCAGUGGACUAAGAGAUGGUUGUGCUAAGAAGGAAGCAUCUUUAAAUGGAGUGGAACAUGGGAGCUCGUUCCAUGGAAUUAAGAAUGAUGGGUGGGUUGAUAAGGUCUCAUCAACAUUGGCCGUUCCCAGCAAUAGGAAGUUUGUGCUUGAUGUGACCGGGAGGGUGACCUUUGGAACAAUAAAGACCAUGAUGGAGUUUCUGGUAUGGAAGCUUCUAGAAUGUUCGAAAAGAAGCAUUCAUGUCGCUCGUGACGGGGUCAUUGAAAGAGGAAUCGAUAUUAUCAGAUACAUAAGUGCAAAGUCUUCCAUUAUUGUCACCAUUUGCCUCAUGCUUUACUUACAUAUAGUGGGUGGUAGCGGGGUUCUCUUGCAGGCUUGAAUAGGUUUGUUCCCUCUUCUCAUGGGAAAUACAAUGAAAUCUUAAUAAUGUUGCUUAUGUCAGAA